GUCAAAAAUAGGGCACUGCCACGACACAAUGCACCCGCCGAAAUGCGCCCAGAACUUGGAGCAGCGGCUGGCGGCCCUUCGCCGGGACCAAGAAAUCGACGGGUUGCGGGUGUACUUGAUCAAGUACAACUUGUUUCCACGGAACCGAGACCCGCACAACUCACCGAUUCGCGUGGAAGAGCUCAAAGAACUCGUCAAGCACUGGAAACUGCACCGGCAACGUGGUUUCUGGCGCGACCAUCCCGAGAAAGACGACCUCGUUCGCGCGCUUCUGCAACACAUUCGCACCGAAGCAACCAGCAAGAAGCGUCGGCAAGACGCGCAAGACAAAUUUCGAAAAGUCAACGGCGGCGGCGACGUGGACGACGCUGACCAACCAGUGCAGGCCAAUGCCAUGUCUUCCUCUGCAUCAGCUCCAGGGUUGUUGUCUCCAUCAUCGCUAGAUCCUCGUCAGAGGAAUACCGUGAGCAUGGACGACAAGUUGUCCACGGGCGACUUGUUCUACACGAGGGGGCACUACGACGAGGGGUUGAUUUACUUGUCGCGAAUGGAAAAAUCCAAACAAGUGCACAAACUCCAACGGGAACAGAACGAAGACAUGCGGGUUGUAGCCGAGAAGGAACUUGAUUUGCUCGCGCAUUUGAAGGACAAAGAGUCGACGGCCAACUUGUCCAAAGACAUGAAGCUCAAGUGUGCCGAAGGACUGUACAACGUCUCAUGCUAUCCCCACAACGAAGCGCAAAUGCUCGCGGAAGGCGCGGUGCCGAUUGUGUCGGGGCUGCUCAAGAACCUCGGGAGCGACGACGUCCACGUCCGACUGUACUGCGCGGCGACGCUGCUAAACCUGUCCAUGACGGCGGGGUCCCGGGCGUUGAUGAUAGAUCAAGGAGCGAUUCCCCUCGUGUUGGAACUCGCCCACGCCAACAAUAUCACGAGCAAACUAUUUUGUGCGCACACGUUGUUUCGGUUUUCAGGCGACGAAGACAUGCACUUUCACCUCGUCCACGACGGGUGUGUGAUAGCGCUGCUGCAGCUCAUGGCAGUCGCCAACGACGAGCUCAAGGAGUUGUGUAUGAAGGCGCUAAUCAAUCUGUCCGUCAUUCCUCGGAGCACGUCCAGCGACACAGUGAUGAGUACGCUCAUUUCGCUUGUCAAAGUGGAUAACCCCGCCACCAACUUGGUGUGCGCCAAGGGGUUGCUGAAUCUGUCCAUCAUGCCCACCACCCGAGUGAACGUGGUCGAGGAUGGCGCGAUGCUGGCCCUAAAGAUCCUGUGCUCGUACCACCACAUCCAAGUGUGUGAAUUCGCGAGUGCCGUGCUGUGCAACCUCGCGGCCGUGCGCACCAACCAGGAAAGCAUGGUCAAGAACGGCGCGCUCGCCGUGUUGGUCGAGUUGUUUGAGCUGCCGCACCGCUACCUCGCCAAGCAAGCCCACACCCCCGAAGGAGGCUCGUCGUCUGACGCUUCCUCGUUGGACUUGCACGGGUUGUACGUGCUUAAAGCCAAAUGGAUCCAAAACGAAAGCGCGUCGUUAAUGCCCCUCACGCCCGACCAAUCCGUGAUGCUGGACAUCCACAUGCAGUGCGCCAUCACCCUCAGCUACUUUAGCUGCAACGCCAAGGUGCAGCCGCGCCUCGUGUCGGCCGGAUUUGUCCCGCGGGUGCUGGCGUUGCUCACCAUGCAUCACGACGACACGACCAAGGUGGUGACGCUGAUCUUGUCCAACUUGGCGUCCCACGAAUCGUGCCGCGUGCAGAUGGUCGCGGACGGCUGCGUGCGCCCGCUCAUUUCGCUCAUGUCGUCGACGAAAGUGGACAUGGUGGUCAAGCAGGACUGCGUCGUCGCAUUGUGCAACCUGAUGUUACACCCCCAAACGUACAAGACCAUGGUCGAUGACGGCGUCGUGCCCGCGCUCGUCGCGUACUCGGAGAACCCGCACCCAGACAUCCAGAAGUCGUGCGCGUUUGCACUGCUUAGCUUGACCAUGGACAAAGGUAUGAAGGCAAAGCUGGUCGGCCAGGGUGUCAUUGUCGCGCUCAUCAACCUCGCCGACCGGUGCGCUGACCGUGUGGACCUGCGCGCCGCGUGCGUGUGUGCGCUGUUCCAGCUGUCCACGGACAUCGAGAACGCCGCCGCUUUGUUCUACGAAGGCACGCAAACCGUAGCCAUCACGGUGCUCACGGAACCGAUUUCCACGACCCAACCCGCCGUGAGCCAUCGCAUGUGGAUGCAUUCGCUGGCGCUGCUGUCCAACAUGGCGUCGUACGACAAAGGUCGCAGCGUCCUCGUCGAUGACGGCGCAGUCGACGCUGUCCUCCGGUUCUUACAGGUGCACACGACGGUGCGGUCCAAGGCAUGCGCGCGAUACCUAACCCGCGCACAGUCGUUUGCGGCGUCCAUGCUGGGCAAACUGGUCGAUGUCGCAAUGAUGCACCCGGGGUACUUUGCCGCUCUGUUGGCCCUCACGUCCACGCAGACUAUCUCGUCGAGCUCGUCCAGUCGCAGCGACGUGAGUGCGAUGGUGAAGACGCUGCGGUGCGCGCUGGCAUUUUCGUGGAUGUCGGGCAGCAUGAAAGGCCGUCGAUUGCUGGCCAACCACCCUGACGUGGCACCGGGUUUGAACAGCAUGAUGCGAACCGGCCAUCACGAAACGCAGCUGUACGCGGCCAUCGGCCUCUGCAACUUGGCCAUGGAGAGGGGCGCGACGCCUGACCGCAUCUGGGCCGAUAAAACCGUGAGCGAUUUUAUCGUCGUGGCGCUGCUUCGAGUCAACAGCGACGAGACCAAACUGAAAUGUGCCCAAGUGCUGUUCAACCUCCUCACCCACGACGACACGCGCGAGAAGCUGGUCGUCGAUGGUGUCCUAUAUGCCCUAAUCAAACUCGCCAAGCUCGAGAUCGACACCAUCCGGGAACUGUGCCUCCAAUCCAUUUACAACAUUUCCCUCGAACUGGGCAAGGUCCAGCGUCUCGUGGACAUGGAAAUCGUGCGCAUCUUAAGCACGAUGUUCCAGGCGGACCAUUCCAAAGAAAUGAAACGACUCGUGUGUGGGAUUCUGAGCAACGUCAGCGCCGUUGCUGGCAACGAGCGCCAGCUUCUGCACGAAGGCGCGCUUACAACCAUUGCGUCACUGGUCAAAGCGCGGGAUCCGGAAACCCGCGUGUACUGCGCGAACGCACUGAGCAACUUGUCAUGCAACGCUCAAGUGGCCGAGUUUAUGCUGAAGGACGACGGCAACAUCGUGGCCAUUUUGAUCUCGUUGUCGCGGGCAGAAAGCAAGGACAUUAGACGGUACGCCACGGGCGCCAUUUCCAACUUGAGUGCGUCGCGGCUCGGCGUCGAAGUGAUGACACGGGAGAGUAUGAUCGGUGCCAUUCGGGAGCUUCUAAACCGCAUCACAUGCGACGUCACGCUGGCGCUGUGCGUGCGCGCCCUUCGCAACCUCAUGAUGGACACGGAAAACCAGACCAAGCUCGUCGCGUGCCAUGGCGUCCAAAUUUUGUCCAAUUUGAUCGCAGCAUCGACUAGUCCGACUACUUCAUCUACUACGACCGAAGAAGCCGAGUCGUCCUCGUCACAGAACACAGACGCAGGACAGUCAAAUUCGACCGCCCAACACCGCAAAGACACUGGCAUCAUUUGCGCUGAACUACUCUGUUUGCUUUGCACGAACGCUGGGGUGGAGCUCCAACUCGUGGAAGACGGCAUCGUGCGAGCGUUGACUGCGAUUGCAAAACAAACACCGGCCAGCACCUCGGCCAAGCUGGACAUCGUCAGUUGCUUCAGCGCGUUGUCGAAGAACCCCCUCGGACACGACCAGAUGCUCAAGGACGGCAUCAUGGAAGCAAUCGUGAACCUGUGUCUGGACAGUGACGACCAGUCGACGACUCUGCGGGCGUCGUUGAUUGCUCGCAUCGGCGAAGAAUUCGCCUACCACAUGAUCCUUACCAUGCGGAAUCUGACCAGCGCCAAGGACACGAUGCAGGCGUCGCACGCCGAAGGAGCCCCUCCCGUGCUCAGCCACGACGUGAAUCGAGCCAGAGUGUCGUCCCAAUCAAACGCAAUUGCGAUCCUGCUCGCGUGUGCGACGUCCAGCCAGCCAGACACGCGUGAACACGUGGCAGUGACGCUGUACAACUUGAGUUGCCACCGCCGGUCCCGCGGUCUCAUCAUUUCAAACGAAGGCGUCAAAGUACUCAUCCGCCUCGGUCAAAACGCGGGCGGACCGAACGCAGUGAUGAUGAAGCAAGUAUGCGCGCUGGCGCUGCAGAGCAUGUCCACGCACCAAGACGCCAACAUCAUGCAGCCCGGGCUCAUAUUGGCCAUGACCGCGUCCUUGUCGGAGCUCAACGUGAUGUCCAUGAACGCUCAAAUGAGCGAAACGAUCGCGAAGAAGACGGCCGCCGUGGUUGCGCCGACGCAGUUUCUCAAGAAUCGCACCCUCACGACGUUUCUCGUCGGCGCCAAUUUUGUCGUCCACCACCGUGGCACCCCCGCGGACUGGACUCAAGUUCCGGCGAAAUUGCCGCCAGACGAUGGCAUCCAAGUGCUUUUUCAAGCCGACGACGAAGCAGAAGCGGACGAGCAAAACGUGGACAACGAACAAGUGCUUGCCGCGUCGGCGCCUCGUGCGUGCAACCUCGACGCCACCUGCGGCACUUUGACAUGUCUCCAGGACGACGAGCUCGUGAAAAACAAAAUGCUGCUGGGGCCAAACAGCCAAGAUAUAUUCCUAGGUCGCACAAAGCAUCCCACUGGUUCUGGCGACGUGCACCAUUCGGUCGCGUUGCCGUUGCCAAAUAUGCCUGGCACAGCGAUGCCAGAAACUUCGACUGCCAAAACUGACCCCGAAGUUGUCGUGACGAAUGGGCGAAGCUCAGCGGCCCAAGUGCGCAAGGAAGCAACCAAGACCCUGAAACCUGCAACCCCGCCCAGUCCAGUACGUAGCCCGUCCAAGAAACAGCUACAGCAGCGCUUGGAGCCAAUUCAAUAAUGAAUCUCACCUCUUAAGUUCCAUA